AUGGUUCGCUUGUCUCUUGCCCUGGUGCUCAGUCAGGUUGCGAGUUCUGUCUCUGCUUCUGCGUACAUCCAAUAUUCGACCAUAACAGGCUACUUCUUGCAGGAUGACAACUCGACCAACGCAACCACAUUUGACUAUACGGCCACGAACUUCGGCCUGAUCAACCAAACCUACCCAACCGAUGGGGCAAACGCCGCCUCGUUGACGCAGUGGCAACGAUUCGCCGGCCUGGUCGCCAACCUCACAAAGACAGCGCCCUCAAACGUGCAAUACAAGCUUCUCUUCCUCGGCCGCCACGGCGAAGGCUGGCACAACGCCGCCGAGUCCUACUACGGCACCCCGGCGUGGAACUGCUACUGGUCGCUCCUCGACGGCAACGCCACGGCAACCUGGAGCGACGCGCACCUCACGGACAACGGGAUCGCCCAAGCACAGACGGCGCACGCCUUCUGGCUCUCGCGCAUCCAGCAGGAAAAGAUCCCCACCCCGCAAACGUAUUACACUUCACCGCUCUACCGGUGUCUCUCGACCGCGAACCUCACGUUCUCGGGCCUCCCACUCCCCAAGGACCGCCCCUUUCGCCCUACCAUCAAAGCACUCCUCCGGGAAGGCAUCUCGGAACACACGUGCGACCGCCGCUCCAACAGGACGUACAUCCACGUCCAGUUCCCGACAUACAAAUUCGAGCCUGGCUUUCCCGAGACAGACCAGCUCUGGACGGGCGUCACGGCCGAGACGUCCACCGCGCAGGACGCACGCUCCAAAACGCUACUGGACGGGAUCUUUGGGGCUGACAAGUCGACGUAUAUAUCGUUCACGUCGCACUCUGGCGAGAUUGCGUCCCUUUUGCGCGUCCUCCGCCAUCGGGCCUUCUCGCUGAGUACGGGGGCUGCUAUCCCCGUGUUGGUCAGGGCGGAGAAGGUCGCUGCUGGGACGAGCACCGUCUCGGCGCAGCCCUGGACGGCGAGUCCGCACUGUACGGUCCCGCCUGUGAGUAGUGUUAGUGGGGGUGCGAGUGGCGGGUGUGUUUGUCCCGGUGGGGUUGCGCCUGUUACGACUAUGUUGCCGCCUUUUGCGGCGAGUGCGUAG